AUGGACUUGAACAAAUUAAGGAAACCGGAUUUAGUGCUGUUGUGCCAGGAGCUGAGGAUUGAUGUGGCGACUAUACAUAGAAAGCCAAUUUUAAUACAGGCGGUUCAGGAUUGUGGCGCGGAUGCGGAGGAACUCGCCGAGUGCUGGGAGCUAAUUAAGGAGAGGAUGAAAAGGGCACAAGAAGUCGAAGAGCGAGAGCGCCUUAUGUUUGAAAGAGAAACCGUCAGGCGCAAAGAAGAAGCGGAAAGCCAAAAAAGGAAGCUUGAGCGCUUGCGGCUUCAGCUUAGGAUUGCAGAGAUUCAGGCAGGCACACGAGUGAGCAUGAGGGACCUCUUGCAGCCUUGCAAAGAGAGCGAGGAGGAAGGUCCCAUCCUGGAAACAGACAAUGUGAGGAGACCAUCCCCUGAGAACGAUGACGGCGCAUCACAAGUGUCAGAUGAAGAGGGCGGGCUGGGAAUUGUCGAGGAUGGAAACUCAAGUGAUGGUGAACAAGGUGAAGAUAAAACAGGAGAUGGCGAUGAGGCGGAGGAGGGUGGGGUAGAAGAACAGGGGAAAGAAGAAAAACCAGAAGUGCAGCCUCAAGCUGAAGAGGAAGAGAGCUUACAGAUGAACCCUCAAGAGGAAGAAACAGGUUCAGUGCCUGUAGAAGACACUCCAGCAUCCCCUACCGAAGAGGACUCUUCAUUCAUGCAUGAUGCGCCUGCGUCUUCCCCUGCUGAUGAAAGUCCAUCAUCUCCACUAGAAACGACACCAUCUCCUCCUACCCCUGUUGUGCCGGCAUCGCCAACGGAAGAUGUGGUCCCUGGGGCAUCACCUAUUGAGAGUGGAGAGGACUCCUCGGCACCUGUCUGUCCUGAAGAUGUGCCAGCAGAUGAGCAAUCAGGAGAGGUUUCAGGAGAAUGUGAAGAUGGGCAAGAAAACGACGAAAAGGGGAUUGCAGACAUCAAUGAAGGCGACAAAAAAGACACAGAGGACAAUGCAUCUUCGCCAAAAGAAACUGAAAGUCCCGAGACUGAACCGGAAGAAGAGGAAGGGGAAGAGCUGAAAAAGAGCAGUUUGGCAGCUGGUGGACCAAGUGACGACAUCGCUUCCCCUGCACCAGAGGAGUCUAAAGAGGCAGAUGAUGGUGGUGUCCUCCUGGGCAACCUCCGUGAUACUGAAGAUAUAUCUUCUUCUGAAGAAGAAGGCCUUCUUGAAGAUACCAGUGAUUGCAUGGAGGAUAUAUCGGAGCCUGGUAGCACAGAGGGCUUAGUGGAAUAUCUUGAAGCUAUUGUCAGAGAGAACGAGGAGCCUUGGCGACAAGAGUCAAAGGACAGUGAAUGCCCAGUGCAUAAAGAGCGGAAGACAAAGCACAAGAAAGAAACUUGUCAGCAUCGAAAGCACCGGCAUCACCGGCGGACGAACAGCAAUAAUUAUGACCGUGAAGAAGGUGAGAUUGUUGAAGAAAGGUCUCCGUCAUAUUCAAGCUGA